CCUCACAGCUUAAAAGUGGCCUCGGUUUAUAACUGCUUGUAUGGCUCAGUUGCCAAAUUUGUAUCAUUGCAUGAUGUAUAACUGCUUUACAUUAGACGGUAAGAGACCGGACGCGAUUAGCACUGUGCGCAUGCCACACGGUAUCUCGUAACAAUUUCAAGCUACUCGCGACAAACACUUUGAUCUGGCCUACACUGCCUUUCCAGAAUCGAGCAUCGAGCACCAUGUUAUCUUAUGGCUUGCGCUCUCUCCACAGGCCGCGCGCAAGCCGUUCAGUGCUCGGGGCCUUGCGCAGCCGACCUCAGCCCAGAUGGUCCUCACGAUGUUGCUACGCGACUGCUGCGCAGGAAGCAUCCAAGCUUGACUACCCUUCCGCCUCAAAGCCAUACUAUGUAACGACACCGAUCUUCUACGUCAAUGGAGCCCCCCAUAUCGGCCAUCUAUAUACCAUGAUCCUCGCCGACGUGCUCAAGCGAUGGCAUCAGCUCAAGGGGUCGGAGGCCUUUCUCAGCACCGGGACGGACGAGCACGGCAUGAAGAUUCAGCAAGCGGCGCUCCGUCACGAGAUCGAACCGAAACAGCUCUGCGAUCAGAAUGCUGCGGAAUUCAAGAGACUGGCGGCCAGUGGCGGGAUCAGUGACGACGUCUUCAUACGUACCACGGAGGCUAAGCACUACGCGGCUGUCGAAACAUUCUGGCGCAAGAUGAAGUCAGAUAUUACCCCACACCUUGGUCUAUACAAAGGCAAGCACUCGGGCUGGUACAGCGUGGAAGACGAGUGCUUUUACCCCGAAAAGCUGGUGGACUCAACCAUCGUCCCACAAACAGGACAGAAGAUCGUGGUCAGCGCCGAGACCGGCAGUAAGGUUGAGUGGGUGGAGGAAGAGACCUGGUUCUUCCCUUUGACCAAGUACCGGGAUAUGCUACUCGAGUUUUUCGACAACAACCCUACCUGGAUUGAGCCAGCGAGCAAGAUGGGCGAAGUGCGCGAUUGGGUCGAGCAUAAUCUGGAAGAUUUGUCUGUGACGAGGCCUUACCAACGCUUGAACUGGGGUAUACAAGACCCGGACGACCCAAGCCAGACGAUUUACGUCUGGGUUGAUGCCUUGGUGAAUUAUUUGACAAUCACUGGGUACGGAGCGAGUUGGGACUCGCCGGACGCCGCUGACAAAGGGAUGUGGCCAUCGGAUGUGCACGUUGUCGGCAAGGAUAUCAUCCGCUUCCACGCCGUAUACUGGCCUGCGAUGCUCUUGGCGCUGGGGCUCCCCAUGCCGAAGAAGAUCCUCUGUCACAAUCACUGGACAAUGUCCGGGCGAAAAAUGUCCAAAUCAAUAGGCAAUGUUGUGGAUCCUUUCGAUGCCGUUCAGCGCUGGGGUGAUGACCCCUUGCGCUACUUUCUCAUGCGGAACGGUUCGUUGCACCGCGACACUGACUACUCCAACGACCUCGUGCAUACUGUAUACACAAAGGAGCUUCAGGCGAACUUGGGCAACGCCUACUAUCGUGUGGCACGCCCUAAAGGCAAGACUGCGUGGUCUACGAGGAGUGCGGUGGAUGCCUACUGUGACGGCGUCUUCGAGACGCACCGUCACCUCAACGACAAAGCGCGACCGGAACUACACUUUACGGCUCUCGACGAGUCCCUCAGUCGGGUUUCGCAGGACUUUGCGGGGCUCAUGGACAAGCAUGACAUUCCCUCCGCUAUCCGAGGGGUCACUGACCUGCUCACAGAGUUGAAUCGCUUCCUGAGUGACACUGAGCCGUGGCAUAUCUCGAAAAGAGCCAUGAGCGGAGACGAGAACGCGACUGUCAUGCUGAAUUGGGUCAUCUUCAAGGCUUGCGAAGCACUUCGAAUCGCUUGCAUUCUGCUGCAGCCCAUCAUGCCAUCCAAGACUGCUCGCAUUCUCGACGAGCUCAAAGUGCCACUUGAGCACCGGACCCUGGAAUGGGCUAGACCGGGCCUUGAAAGAAAUUAUGGACUUACACAAGCUGAGAUACAGGCUUUGCGCAGGCCUGACCAGUACGACACAAUCUUCCCGCCUAUCGCAGCGACGGAGGCCAAGAAGCCACGAUCUAACUCCCGAGAUGCCACACUCAAGCACUUUGCAAAAAGGUCAUAGCGGAUCCUGGCGUGGUUCGGCUGGAGAAGGCAAGGGGCAUUUGAUGUGGUGAAUGCUGUGGCAGCAGGUGUGCGUGUGUGUGAUUACCAGUGUAUGAUAUCGAUGGACAAGUGCCGCGGCUAUAUCUUGUACAGCAUUUGGAUGGUUUCAGUAGGAAUUGGGGAGUUCUGGAGCACGCUCUCGUUUUAGAUAAGCAGGUAAUUGUAUUGAACAGCGUCGAGCCAAGACUUAGUACCCCACCACCAACUCGCCAUCAUCGGCGCCGCGCUGAGUAUGUGCCCCUCUAUAUAGGCUC